CCCAAUCAUGGUAAUCAAGCGAUUCCGGCACUGGGUCUUGCCCUUUUCGAGCCUCUCUUAUGUAGGUAACAGUCUGCCUCAUUGUCGGUGAGUGGUUCUGCGUGAUUCAUUCUUCUGCAUGCCCUCCUCCCGUUCAUGCUUACGCGCCCCAUCGUUGCCCUCACGGUGGUAACUGCUUGACUGUACGAGUUUCGAGUCAGAGGCUCCAUUGUCAGCUGUCCGUCGUAGACUAGAAUUGUAGACUAGAAAGCCCUUGUGUUUUCUGCUCCUUCUUUUCUUCGAACACCUUCCUGGAGUUGGGCGUUUUAAAAAUUCUUACUGUCCAUAAAAAUUCCUUAUUUACUGUGAUCAUUACCCGUCACAUUCACCAAGGUUUAUGAAGUUAUAAUACACCUGAGGUUGACUGGAUAUAUUUGGUGGGACAACGCAAAAUUUACCGGACCUCAUCAUGUCUCGGCUGCCAGACCAGCGGGACCUCACCAGAUUCGGAUACAGUUCCUCGAGCGAAUCCGACGAAGCCCCGCGAAAAGCGACCACGACCAAUUCCAAUAACCAAAAUCAGAAGAAGAAAAAGAAGCGCAAGCCCCCACCUCAGCAGAGCAUCAAUAAGAUAUGGAGACGGUUCACUACGAAGGAGUUUACCAAGGCGCUCGCGGUUCUACCCUUCGACCCCGUGCCACUUCCAAGCACUCCAGAACGUCCGAACGAGCUUCUAAUCACAGGAUAUGAGCGUGCGAGAGAAGAAUGCUCGCGCAAAGUCAAGAAGAUCAUCGCAGAAUGCAAGCGCGUCAACACACGUUAUAGAGAUCCAGGAUUUGACCUAGAUUGGGACCUUAAGUGGCUCAAGGGCAAUUGUCUGAAUUACUUAGGAUCGCGCAAAUUUGACAUCGGGAACUCUAGGCUUGGCACUAAUACCUCGGUCCCGAAAGCUGUUAAGCGAGUACACGAGAUCUUCGAGAAACCGACAUUCAUGAAGAAUAUAAGUGCCGGGGAUGUGAAGCAAGGCUCACUCGGUGAUUGUUGGCUCAUUGCGAGUUUAAGCGCACUGGCCAACGUUGAGGACGGGAUCAAGCGCAUGUGCGUUGAAUAUGAUACUCGCAUCGGAAUCUAUGGCUUCGUCUUCUACCGAGACGGCGAAUGGAUUUACUCUAUCGUCGACGAUAAGCUGUACCUUACUUCGCCAUGCUGGGAUUCGCCAAGUAUGCAGCGCGAAAUGCUCCAGCAAAUUGACCGUGAAGAGCCCGAGAAAGUGUACCGUAAGACGUACCAGACGGGGUCUAAGGCUUUGUUCUUCGGCCAAUGUAAAGACCAGCAUGAAACCUGGGUCGCAUUAGUUGAGAAGGCGUACGCCAAAGCUCAUGGUGAUUACGGCUCGUUAUCUGGCGGUUGGAUCGGCGAGGGGUUGGAAGACCUUUCUGGCGGCGUCACCACUGAGCUUCUGGCAUCCGAUAUCCUUGAUGUCGAUGCCUUCUGGGAGGACGAACUCUCCAAAGUGAAUCAGGAGUUCCUCUUUGGUUGUUCUACCGGCCUACUCGAUGGUGGUUAUGGCGACCGCAACGGGAUCCGCGAGGGACACGCCUACGUUGUGAUGGAUGCUAGGACACUCAAAAAUGGACAGCGACUUGUAAAGCUCCGCAACCCUUGGGGUAAGACCCGUAAGGGUAUUUGGGAGGGGCCAUGGUCAGACGGUUCUAAAGAAUGGAACAAUGAUGUCAAAGAGGAGCUGGGCCACCAAUUUGGAAACGACUCCGUCUUUUGGAUCACCUAUGAAGAUAUGCUCGAGAAAUAUCAACACUUCGAUAGGACUCGUCUUUUCCGAGAUCCCGACUGGAGGUGCUGUCAACGAUGGAUUGGUGUUGAGGUUCCGUGGAAGGCCCAGUGGAACGAGAAAUUCCAUAUCAAGUUGACGAAAGAAUCUCCGUUGGUACUAGUGCUCCAGCAGCUUGACGACAGAUACUACAAGGGAUUGCACGGACAGUAUAGCUUCAGGAUGCAUUUUCGGGUGCACGAGCAGGGGCGCCCGGACAGUGAGGAUUACAUCGUCAGGUCCCAUGGCAACUAUAUUAUGGAACGCUCCGUCUCGAUCGAAAUACCAUGCAUGGAAGCCGGUAACUAUUCGGUAUUUAUCAGUGUUGUGGCCGAGCGCGACACCGACAUACUCUCUAUUGAAGACGUUGUCAAGCGUGAAUGCCGCAAGCGCGUGGAAAACGAGAAGCUAGCCCAAGUGGGUUAUGCAUACGACUUGGCUCAUAGCAAAGGCGUGGCGCAUCUUGAACAGGUUGCGAAGCUCCGUAAGAAGUCGGACCAGAAGAAGGCGAGUUCCUCGCGUAUGCAGGAACGUCGUAAGAUGUGGGAAAAGCGACAUCUGAACCGCGACAUAACGAAGAAGCAGACCAAGAAGAACCAGGAGAAGCGUGAUAAGUGGCGCGCAGCAGAGGACGAGAAGAGAAAAGCCAAGGCAGAGGCUGAAAAGGCCAAAGCUGAAGCCGAAGCUGCCGAGAAGAAAAAGCAGGAGGAAGCGGAGGCCGCCGAGAAGAAGAAGAAAGAGGAGGCCGAGGAGGCCGAGCGCAAGAAGAAGGAAGACGAGAAGCCUAAAGAUGUAGCUGUUCAGACAGACGACCAUAAACAAAGCGAAGAUAAGAGCAGCCAGACUGAAGAGGCGGUAGAUGCCAAAAAGGAGGAGGCUGGUUCCGACUCUGCUGACAAGCCGAAGGAGGAGUCAGAUAAUACUCCAAAAGAAGCCACAGCGGACGGCCAAACAGAUGCUCCAAAGGACAAGGACAAGGACGAGACCGACGGCACUAAGAAGGAAGAUAAGAAGGAAGAGGAUAAGUCUGCCGAUGAAAAAGCCGCCGAAGCGAAAGUUGCCGAAGAGAAAGCUGCUCAGGAGAAAGCCAAUUCUGCUAGCGACACCACCCCUGCUAAGACCAGUGGACAAAAACAAAAACAACAACCCCCUCCAUCCCCUCAAGCAUACUCAUCAGAAUGCGACUCGUCCGACAGUCCGGUCGAGGACUGGGAGCUCCUCUACUCAUCGGACGACAUGUCCAAGAAGCCACGAAUGGCCACCGCACCACCUGCGACCACUAAUACUGAUAAUGCCGUAGAGAGUGACGGUGAGUCAGGCAUGCCGGACCCGUGGAACGCCAUCUGCAUCGUCGGGUUCCGGGUGUACUCCAAGGACGAAGACCUGGACCUGCGCGUCGUGCUCGAGGGCGGCGACAUGGCGGAGAACGGCAUGGGCGAGAAGGGCCCCGCGGACAUCGACAACGCGCAGAUGAACGCCGGCGGCGAGCGCGCGAAGAAGCAGAACAAGGACGUCACGGACGAAGUCGAGAUCGUCGACGGCGAGCUCGUUCAUAAGAAGAAGAUGGUCGUGCCGGAUAACGAUGACGACGAGCAACAGAAGAAGAAGAGUGACGAUCAGGUUGAUGAGAAGAAGAAGGAUGAGAAGAAGAAAGAUGAGGAGAAGAAAGAUGAGGAGGAGGUGAAAGAUGAUGAGAAGACAAAAGAUGAUGAGAAGGUGAAAGAUGACGACGAGGCUAAAAAGGAGGAUGAAAAACAGGAGGAUGAGAAACGUGAGGAUGAAGAGGGCGAAGCAGAUGCAGAUGCCCACAAGUCAGACGAUAAAGACGACGGUGCCAAAUCAGACACCUCCGAGUCGUCCGUCGACUCGACGCCGAUUCCAACGCCUGAUUCCGACUCGGGCUCGGGAGACUGUAGCCCGCAGUACUCGGCAGCCGAGAAGACAUCCGGCGACUCAUCAGCAGCCCAGCCCCAGCCCCCGGUCUAAGAGGGAUAUUAUCUUCCAUUCCAUCCAUCACACUUUCCUCGACAACUCGAUUCCCCCCCCAGCAUUGCGUGCGUGUGUGUUUCUUUCAACAAUUAAUUACUCCUUGUUUUUCAUCGCGUUUGGAGCAUGAUGGAUACCUUUUCCUUUUUUUUUUCCCCUCCUCUUUUCUCUCUCUCUGUCUCUCAUAUUCGCGGGCAUUGAUGAUGAUCUUACGAUUCCCGGCUGUAUAAGUCGUUACGAAUAGGACGGGCCUGGCUGGCUGGCUGGCUGGUUGGUCGGUCGGUCGGUUUUACGAAUCGGAUAGGGCUCCUGUUGGGGGUGGAUGUGGCCUGGCUAUUAUGCAUCGGUAGUAUGGAUGGCGGUGGCGACGACAGACGGCCGAGAGAGGCUAGAUAAAGCUAUAGAGUCACAAAAUUGUCACCUACUUAGGUAGUCUCUCUGAAUAUCUCUUUCCACUCCAUAGGAUCGACGACCCGACUCAAAUAAAAAUGAAAACUUCAACAUCA